AGGCGGAUAUGCUGUGAGACGCUCGACAGAAGUAGCUUCUGGGAGGAGAAUGAACCCCCAACACCAUGCCCGAAUCUGGAAAUGUAGCCUACACAACAGCGGCCGAAUGGAUUGACUCCAGCGUCUUAACGACAGCUUAUUCAUGGUGCCAAAUAAGGCGUUUCGUUUAAAUGAAAGAAGUAACUUGUAAGUAAACCAUUUAGGCCAUUAUUGCCAAAGGGAUGAAUCCUCUUCUAUAUCGUGGUCUCUCCCAGCUAUCUGUGUCCGAUGGAUUUCCCCAGGAACGCAGCCUUACUCGGCACCAGCAACACCACCAUUGCGGACAACAUUUCUGGGACAAAUUACUUGCUGGAAGUGGUGACCCUGAGCACGGUUCUGACCAGCUUUGGCACGCCAAACAACCUCGGGAACUACACGAGUCCCAGCGGAAACCAGCUACACACCCCUGUGAAGAGCACCGAGGGAAAUUCGGUCCUUCACGGUGUAGCUGUUGCCGUGCAGGCGCUCUUGCUCCUUGCCAUUUUCCUCCUCUCCAGUUUGGGUAACUCCGCGGUGGUUAUUGUCAUAAUCAAACACAGGCAGCUUAGAACCGUAACAAACGCGUUCAUCAUGUCUCUCUCCCUAUCCGACUUCCUUACGGCCGUCCUUUGUUUACCUUUCUCUUUUAUGAUGCUGUUUAGCAAAGAUGGCAUGUGGCUGUUUGGGGACCGUUUCUGCAUCGCAAAUGGCUUUUUCAACACUUGCUUUGGCAUCAUCUCUACCUUAACGAUGACACUCAUUUCAUUUGACAGAUACUAUGCCAUUGUGCGACAGCCUCAAGAAAAGAUUGGCCGGCGGAAGGCCGUCCAGCUGUUGAUAGCCGUAUGGCUGUCGGCGGUAUUUUUCUCCCUCCCUUGGUACCUGCUGCUAAGAUCCUCUGAGCAGCUGGUGGUUCACAAGAGAGGCUUCUACCAUUGCAUGUACGUGUUCCAUUCUGGCACAUCGCGGGUGGGAACUGCGUACAGCAUAAGCCUCAUCGUGGUGUGCUACCUCCUCCCCUUUGCGCUCAUGUGUUUCUGCCACUACAACAUCUGUAAGACGGUUCGCCUGUCGGAGAUCAGGGUGCGGCCAGUCACCACGUACGCUCACCUGCUCCGCUUUUACAGUGAAAUGCGCACAGCCACCACAGUGCUCAUCAUGAUCGUGUUCAUCAUCUUUUGCUGGGGUCCAUAUUGCCUCAUGGGGAUAAUCACCGCCUUGGGAAAUUAUUCUUUCAACCCGGCCAUGGACACGGUGGCUAUCUGGAUGGCCUGGGCAAACGGUGCCAUAAACCCUCUGAUCUAUGUCAUACGGAACCCAAACAUUUCCUUGCUGCUAGGUCGGAGUCGAGGAGAAGGCUACAGGACUAGAAACAUAGCGGCAUACCUGUCAACGCAAACACAGAACCGUGAAGUCAGAACGAGAGCAGACCGGAUCAGGGACCGGUACGUGAGCAGGCAUGGGGCCAACAGCAGGUUGUCUUCCUCUAGCCCUGCGAAUGGAGGAGAGGUAGCCAUGUGGGCCUGCAAAAAUCCGGCGGUGUUCUUUUGCCGGGACGGCCAAAACGACACUGUGUCUGAACCUGCUGUGCCCAAAGUGGAGACUGCUGAUACGAGUCUGUAGCUUAUGGAAACAAUUAUUGAUUUCUUAGAUACUCCAACAAUCAAUUUAGGUUGACCAAAACGGCCCAUCAAUAGAAUAGAUUUCAAACCCUGUCCCCAGAAGCGUUAGGCUACUGAAGAGACUUGAAGCUGAGGAUGAUCAGUGCCAAAUAAAGAACAAAGAACAAGAAAGUCAAUUUUCACUGAGAACUGUUGGUGUUAUUGCUAGAAGAUGCAGACAAUAUUGUAUUUUGUGAAGUGCCAGUAGAUGCGCUUGGGCCCACCUAUUUGAAUCCCCAACACUGUGAACCGAUGAUGUCCAUUUUUGGCACAGCACUUUUCUAACCCAAAUGUGACAUGUACAACCUUGGAAAUGAAUACAUACCUAUGUACAUGUUUUUAUUCCCUCCAAAUAUGCCUUAGGAA